UCCUCCUCCGACUCCUUAUCCUCCAUUUCUUCUCUUCUUCAAUUUUCCCCCAAUUUCCUCAUACUCAUGGCCGACACUCAGAGAAGAACCUCCGGCGCCGGCUCUAGGCGGCAGCAACAGCCGAGCCGCCUCCAGCGGCGGGCUCCGGCGUCCCUCCAAAUCAGCCGCUCCGAUUGGAAAGUGGCCAUCCCUCUGCUAUCGCCGCUCGUUUCUCCCUCAUCCCCCACAGAGAUCCAAAAUUCGCGGGAACCAUCCACUUCUUCUCAAGGAUCCGACCCGGAGAAGCCGCCGGUGCCGGUCACUAAGAAAUGGCAGCACCCGGCGGCUCCGUUUCACUACGAUUCCGGCCCUAGGGCUCCCCGAUUCGUACCUGUGUAGUCUAAUUCUUUUUUCUUUUCUUUUUUUUUUUUAAUAAACAAUGUGGGUGGGGGCUUUUCGGUCCUUUCCUUAAUCCUUGGAUUUGGAUCUGUAAUCAGAACUAGAACAAUUGUAGUCUGUAGAUCUAACGGUCUGUUUUGGAUGAGCUUAUCAAUUGGAUCAUAUGCUUGCCCGCACUCGAUUAAUCAAUUGUACACAUCAUUGGCCCGUGGGUUUGGUUUUUUC